CUUUUGCUUUCCAAGCUCAAAUGUUAGCUGAAAUCUGAUGCCUGGACUGCAUAUGCUGUGAGACGUGGGCAUGCCCUUGCAGUGCACCGGUUUCCUCCGCGACUUGGAGAGCCAGAGCCGUGCUGCGGCUCCAAGUAGAGGAGCCGCUCCACCAGGCAGCGAGUGCCACAUCACUGGGUUGCGGGUGCGAGGGGCUCCAGCAUGGUCCUGAGGAUCCUGCUCCUCCUCAGCGGGCUGUUUAGGGCCACCGAGCUGGCCCCUCGCUGUGAACCUGGCCAGGAGACCCUAGGUCAGUGCCAAACUGUACAAAAAGCAAAAUGUGUGGACAUCUCCUUAAGUUCUUGUACUGAUGUUGCCUAUACUCAGACAAUGUAUCCUAAUUUACUGGAUCAGAAGUCUCGACAGGUGAUAGAAUAUAGCUCUGAGUAUAUUCUCAUAAGCGUCCUUCACAACUUGCUUCAGGGAGAAUGUAAUCCAGAUCUGAGACUCCUGGGUUGCUCGGUGCUGGCCCCGCAGUGUGAAAAGGACAAAGUCAUAAAGCCCUGCAGGCACAUCUGUGAACACCUGAAAAAAAAUUGCCUCCCUGCUUUUGAUGCAAUAGACAUGGCUUGGCCCUACUUCUUAGACUGUGAUCGCUUUUUUGCUGGGGAAGAAGAAGGAUGUUUUGACCCGCUGGCAAAGCUGCGAGGAGAACCAGAAGUUGAGGAAGAUUUGCCUUCAGACUUGCCAGCAACCUUUAUUCAGUUCAAACACCAUUCAUAUUCCCAAAUGGUGAGCAUUUUGAAGAAGACUGCUUCUAGAUGCUCCCAUAUUGCAACAACUUACAGCAUUGGUCGUAGUUUUGAAGGGAAGGAUCUUUUUGUGAUUGAGUUUUCAACCAAGCCUGGACGCCAUGAACUGCUCAAGCCAGAAUUUAAGUACAUCGGCAAUAUGCACGGAAAUGAAGUUGUUGGGAAAGAGCUGCUAAUAUACCUUGCACAGUAUCUGUGUUCAGAAUAUCUUCUGGGGAAUCCUCGCGUCCAGAGCUUGAUCAAUAACACCAGGAUUCAUCUCUUACCAUCACUCAACCCAGAUGGGUAUGAACUGGCUGCUGAAGAGGGAGCUGGUUACAACGGAUGGGUCAUUGGACGACAGACAGCUCAGAACUUGGACCUGAACAGAAACUUCCCAGAUUUGACAUCUGAGGUUUACCGAAGGGCUGGGAUUCGUGGGGCACGUCUCGAUCACAUCCCCAUUCCACAGUCCUACUGGUGGGGUAAGGUGGCCCCUGAGACGAAAGCGGUGAUGAAGUGGUUGAGGUCGAUCCCCUUCGUGCUCUCUGCCAGCCUCCAUGGGGGUGAGCUGGUUGUGACCUAUCCUUACGACUAUUCGAAGCAUCCUCUGGAAGAGAAAAUGUUCUCCCCUACACCUGACGAGAAGAUGUUUAAAAUCCUGGCUAAGGCAUAUGCAGAUGCGCACCCAGUCAUCUCAGACCGAUCAGAAAUUCGCUGUGGUGGAAGUUUUGUGAGACGUGGAGGUAUAAUAAAUGGUGCUGAGUGGUACAGCUUCACUGGAGGCAUGGCAGAUUUUAACUACCUUCAUACAAAUUGUUUUGAAAUUACCGUGGAGGUAGGAUGCGAAAAGUUUCCUUUGGAGGAAGAAUUGUUUACCAUCUGGCAUGAAAACAGAGACUCCCUUCUAAAUUACAUGGAAAUGGUUCAUCGGGGGAUAAAAGGAAUUGUGUCUGAUAAAUUUGGCAACCCAAUAAAAAAUGCUCGGAUUUCAGUCAGGGGCAUCCAGCAUGAUGUCACCACAGCUGCUGAUGGGGAUUACUGGCGACUCUUGCCUCCGGGAACAUACAUAAUCAGCGCUCAAGCUGUGGGCUACAGCCGGGUGAUGAAGAGGGUCAUCCUUCCGGCCAAGAUGAAGCGGGCUGGCCGUGUAGACUUUGUGUUGCGACCUGUUGAGGUUUGGCCUAACAAGCUGCUCCGCAGGCCCAUGGAGGACGCGUACGACCCGUAUGACCCGCUGGAGCUGUUUGACCCUCACGCCCAGCAUGCGCAGCCUGAGUCCCAAGGGGGAUCGGCUCAGGUGAGGGAGAAGCCCUGGUGGUGGUCCUACUUCAGCUCUUUAGACCUGCACAAACCUCUGUGGCUGCUUAAAAAGCACUAAAUGGUGUCAUUGCUCUGCUCACUUUAUUUUGCUGCCAUUCCACCAAAACUCCAGAUGCCAUGAUUGCUCUUGGCAAUAUUUAAAUCGGUUUCAUUUGAAAAUACAAUGUUAAUUCAAGCUCACUUACUUCUUCUGUUUUCUCUUCACACACAACUGACUAUAUUCAAGUGUUUUUAUAUAUUAAACAUAAUAGUGCUCUCUUGUUCAAA